GAAGCGGAGGCCUACUGCCACCUUGGAAUGUGGUAUUCAGUGGGAGCCUUUGUCUAUUUCAUUACGACGAAAUUGGUUCCAGUGUCAUUCAAACUGUGGAUGGCAUUUGGCUGCCUACUAUUUUCCAGUUUCAGUGUUUUUACACUUCCAUUCGUAAUUAGCUACACACCCAAAAAGGUGGCACCUGCUGGCGAAAACACGACAAAAAAUGCUAAUAACAAUAAUUCCGGUAAUUUGGAAAUGGACGAUUUCACUCGAAGAGCAAGCGUUUACUUUCGUUACACAAAGUAUAGGAUUUAUAAUCGAUCGGAUGUAAGAUCUAUUUCGUCCUCCAGAAUUCAUCACGUUUCUAUACUCAAAACCAGAAUUCGAUUUGAUCGCCAUGAAUCUUCGAACGAGGAUGUCAUUUAGUAUACACUCAUUUAGGAUUCACCACGCCGUGAAGUCGUUAGACGUUUAGUAAAUAUUUCAAGAAGUAAUUCUUCCUACAGCGCACAGUGUGUGUAUGUGGAUAGUGGCGCCAUUACAACUUUACCUUACCGCGAGACAAAAACUGACAAAACGGUGGAGGUGGAGGUUAUCAAUUGUUUAUAUAUAUAAGGAAAAAGAGACGUCUUUCCUGAUCACAUGCGAGAAGUGGUAAAAAAAUGUGGAAAGUGUGGAAAAAAAUAAAUCUAAUGUACGUGUAAGGUUUUUUUUUUUUUUAAAUCAACAAACAAUCGGUCGUGUUGAUUAAGCAUGCCGACUAAGGACGAGUUGUCGAAUCUACUGCCUUUUCAAGAUUCUCAACACAGUUGGACUGAUGACUUGCCAGUGUGUAAACAAUCCGGUGUUGGAUUUUCUACCAAUCAAAUAUACAGAGAAGAUGGAUAUCGUCAAGAGGAACAUUCCUUUGAGGAUCGGAGCUUCCAUUGUCGCUACGACGACUCUACUUUCUUGUACGGGGUUUUCGACGGACACGAAGGCUCCAAAGCUGCCAACUUUACCAUGCAAAGAAUGGCUGCUGAAAUCCUUCUUGGCCAGUUAACCGGGAAAACAAGCGACGAGGAAGUCAAAGAUGUACUUAGACAAGCUUUCAACGCAGUUGAAAGAGGAUAUUUAGAUUCUAUAGGUGAUUUAUUGGCAGAACGCGCUAGUUUACAAUUUGAUAUACCUGACGAACUCAAUUCUUACGAAGCAUAUCAAAAAUUUCCUGAUCUGGUUGACAAAUUGAAUGCAAUAAAUUGUGAGCUGUCGGCUGGCACAAGCGCAGUCGUCGCACUUAUUCACGCCGGUCGAUUGUAUGUGGCGAACAUUGGUGACAGUAGAGCUUUGUUGUGCAAAACGGAUGAGAAUCAUGUGCUCAGAGUUAUUCAAUUGAGUAUAGAUCAUGAUUUGCGAAACGAGGAUGAGCUUUUGAGACUGUCUCAUCUCGGUCUUGACGUUGAGUCAAUAAGACACGGGUCUCAUCUUGGAAACCAGGAGAACACCCGAUGCCUUGGUAAUUAUUUGGUAAAAGGAGGCUACCGCGAAUUCGAGGAAUUAUCGUCGGGGACAGCGGAGCCGAUUAUUGCUGAGCCUGAAAUACACGGCGGAAUCGAGCUCGACGCUUCCUGCCGGUUUCUACUCUUGAUGUCGCGGGGACUCUAUAAAUCGUUGGAAGAAGCCACAGGAACGGAUCAAGUGAACAAAGAAUUGGCGCUAAUGGCUGUUGAACAGUUCAGAAUACAAUCGACUCUCACGGGAGUGGCCCAAGCGGUUGUGGAUAAAAUAGUCCGAAUUCAUCACGACGUUAACAUGAGUACACCGCAAAAUGCGUCGACGAGUGGAAAACGCGAAGACAUAACGUUGCUAGUCCGAAAUUUCAAUUUUCCGAUACCCAACAGCCUGAAAAGUCCGACCGCCCAAUCGGUUCGCUUCAACCCGGUCGUUGAGACGGCUGGCUCGUCAUCGACAAUGAUCGACGGUGAAUUUUCGACACUGGGAACGUCGACGACCGAAGAUAAUUUCGACACCUCGACUAACGAUACUUCGACGACGUCGGAAAUGUAUCCCGAGAGCUCGACGAGACCGGUCGACAGAAACGCGAGGAUCAAACCGUACGUGAAUUUCUCGGAAUACUACGAAAACGUUGAAAAACGGAGACGCGAAGGCACUCUCCCCGGAGGUAUCGAUUUUUGAUGCCGAUCCAUCCCUACAAAUGGAAAAUGUAAAUAAUUAUUUUUAGGACUAAUCAUCAUAAGUUUCGAUACCGUUUGUUGAGGGUCUCGAGAGCGUUUCUUUGCUCAAAAAAAAGAAUUUCUUUUUUAUGCAAGAAAGAAGUAAUCCAACAGUUGGAACAUCGUGCAAAAAUUGAACGGUGGGCCACGAAAAUCAUUUUUUCGAAUUUAGUCUCUGAAUGAUUUUCGUAGUGAGAAUUUGCCUUCACAAAAAAAUCUUCAGGCUAGCAAAAAAACCGAAGCAAGUUCGUUAAAUGUAAAGAAAAACCAGGCCUGAGAAUCCUUGAAGCUCGAUUCGUUGAUAUUCGUGCAAAGAUGAAAUCUCGGUGGACCAAGAGACGAUGGCUCGUUUGUCUUUGUAUUUCUGUACAACAUCGUUGGAUGAUAAACCCGGUGCUCAUUUUACGAAUAUUCAUAUGGGAAUGUGUCAAAGGUUCUACGAUUGGCAAAGACAGAACACUUUAGAGUUUUUGUGCUCGAGAUUCUUCGUUUAAACGAAUGCACCGAAACCGAUAAAAACUCUUCAACCCAUGCGACACUUGAGAGCGAAAGCUCUUCAAAAUUGCUACAGUUCUCGAUCUUGAACCAGCAUUUUCAGCACUUACAACAACAACAACUUAUUUAUAGUUAUAAGAAUGUUUUGGAAUCGCGCAGCGCGCAUUGCCGGUUACCUUUAAUUAAGAAAAAAAGCUGCGAGAAAAGGAGUCAAAUUGUGUUAUAGAAUUAAGUUGUAAAUAUUGAGUUAAGAAUACGAUAAAGUUACGUAAUUUGUCGAGUCAAUUGUUUUGCGUCCGGUACGUUUGUUCUUUUUCACAUAAAAAUUCUUACACUCUCUUUUUGCAAACUGUUUACGAGUUUCCCUAUUUUUUCUCCUCCCAGUCUUAAAGAAUGGGCACGUACACGUUAAAGCUCCUAAGUAAAAAAAAAUAGGAAGAAAGUGAUUGUUGGCAACUUGUGAUCUAAAAUAAAUCAUCCUUUUAAACAUCGA